CAUAAUUGCCUCGGAUCGGAUCGAGACGCCGGAGCGGCGCGGCUUCCCCGACUGUUGCAGCUCUUAUCCUGCCCGAGCUCCGCCCUGAGCUUCUCCGCCUCACCAACAUCUGCCAUGCCGGAGGUGUGACCCUCCACCCGCUUUUCCUUUGAGCACGACUGGACGAAUCCCCUCCAAAAAGAGGAAGAAAAAAUAAAUCAGACCUGUCCCAGGCUUGAGAUGUCAGACCCGGACGGCCCCUCGCCGGCGGACGCCCCGCUCCCUCUGGCCUCCCCUCGCACGCCCCUGCAGCUCUCCUUCCCCUUCCUGAGGGAGGGCAGCCGGGUUUGGGAGCGGGAGCGGAAGCCGCCGCAGCCCGGGGAGCUGCCCAGCCCGCUGCCCACCAAACGCACCCGCACAUACUCAGCGACAGUGCGAGCCAGAUCAGGUCCUGUAUUUAAAGGCGUGUGUAAAAACUUCUCCAGGUCUCAGGGUCAUGGAUUCAUACGUCCUUCUCAUGGAGGAGAGGACAUCUUUGUCCACAUUUCCGACAUCGAGGGGGAGUACGUGCCUAUGGAAGGAGACGAGGUGACGUACAAGGUGUGCCCGAUCCCCCCCAAGAACCAGAAGAUCCAGGCGGUGGAGGUGGUGAUCACCCACCUCAAUCCGGGCACCAAGCACGAGACCUGGUCGGGUCAGAUCAUCAGCUCCUAGAGCGGCGCUGCUGCGGCCGAACGGAGGGAUCCGGAUUUGAUUUGAGGUUUUUUUUGGUUUCCGGGCGCAUCGGACGGGAUCGGGUGUGAGGCGGGGAGAGAUCCGGUCUUGGUGAAGUGGCUGUGAUGAGUCGGACGUUUGAAGGUCAGGGUUGGGAAUUCAGCUUUGAAUGUAUCAUUUUGAAUGUUUCCCCUUGGAGGAGAAGGUUUCGUCUGUUCGAUCGGGGUGUUUUUAGGUUGAGAAGUUUUGGGAAGUCGGGAUUCAGGUGCUGGUAUUUGUACUUUGAUUAGGAAUUCAGUGGCUGUCAGAAAAAGUCGAGUCGCGGUGAAUCAGAGGCAGAAAUGCAUUUUGAGCAAAUUCCAAACAAAUUAGCCAUAUUGACUCUCCGUGCCAGAGAGUUUGAGGUCUAUCGAAUCAGGGCUGUUUUACUGCCACUCAUCGUUC